CGUUCCGCGUCUAUAGUCGGCCCGGGUCCGCGGUUCCCGUCACGUCGGCUUAUCACUGAUAACAGUCGUCUAACGACAUGUCCCAUUGUUGAUCUCCUUCGAGUAAUCCAGAUAAAAUACAUUUUAAAUCCAUAACAGUGUUUAAUAUUUUGAACUUGUGCAUACAAUAAACCUAUUUUUGUCCUUAGACUAUAGAACAAAUUUUGUUCUUCAGUAAACUCGUUUAUUGCAAGUCGGUUUCCUACAAGAUUCUAGAUCUCGCGACUCCAAGAUGCCUCCAGUCGCCCGACUGCCCUCCUCAUCCUACUGGAUCCCUCCGUCCCGCCGCCCCAGCGGGAUGAACAGCACCGCCACCUCCUCCACGACCGACUCCGCCGACUCCACUCCCCGCAACUACGUGGACCCUUGGGACCUCGAGAACUACGCCUACCUGCGCCGCCACUGUGCGGACCUGGAGGACUCGGACCCUGUAGUCUCUCUGUCCACCAACGGUCUGGACUCCGCACACUCAGAUUUCUACUUCGUCCCCGCGCGACAACCGUUGACUCCUCUGCCGCCGCCCCAAAGGGGUGUCAUGGUACGGAGACUCCACCGUCCCUCGCUGAUCGUGGCUCCUGAGGACACCGCCCUGGUGGAGGAGGAAGACUUCUACAACGCCCGCUGCGAGGUGACACCCUGCUGCCAUCAGCGGCUGAGGCGGCAGUCGUGCUGCCAGCAGCACAUGGCUUCCUUCCAUCCAGGUGAGAUGUUGUUAUAG